AUCGUAAUUACCUGGUGAAGUAAAGUUCCGGUGUAGGCUUUUUCUGCUAAAUUUCAUACUAAUACUUAACAAAAAAAAAACCAUGCAUAACACUAAUGGAAUUGAGCUCAAUUUCCUCUUUUUCUCCAGGUGCUAAUGAUGAAACAGAGCAUUUAUUUGCUGUACAAGAUAUAGAAUCAUGUAUUGGUGGUGAUCAUGGUGAUCUUAUUAAGUUUAAGAUUAGUAAUUUGACGAAACAAAGUGAUGAUGGGUCCAAUAUAUUGAAUGGAAUUAAUUUGGACGUACCAAAAGGUGUUAUUGUUGGAAUUAUUGGACCUAGUGGUGGCGGUAAAUCGACGCUUUUACGGUCGUUGAAUCGGCUUUGGGAACCGCCGUCCGGGACGGUGUUUCUUGAUGGCUGUGAUAUUAAGGAUCUUGAUGUUCUUAGUCUUCGCCGGAAAGUUGGCAUGCUUUUUCAGCUUCCUGUUCUUUUUGAAGGUACCGUUGCCGAUAACAUACGAUAUGGACCGCAAUUGAAGGGGAAGAAGCUUUCCGACGAUGAGGUUCACAAGUUGCUUAAACUUGGUGAUCUCGACUCUUCGUUUCACAAGAAGAAUGGCAGCGAACUAUCUGUAGGUCAAGCUCAGAGGGUUGCUCUUGCUAGGACUCUAGCUAACGAACCAGAGGUUUUGCUGCUAGAUGAGCCAACGAGCGCGUUGGAUCCCAUAUCGACACAAAACAUUGAAGAUGUUAUUGUGAAACUCAAGAAGACUCGAGGAAUGACAGUCGUGAUGGUCUCUCACAGCAUCAAACAGAUUCAAAGAAUUGCUGAUGUUGUUUGCCUCCUCGUAGAUGGAGAAGUUGUUGAGGUUUUGAAACCCGACGAGCUCUCAGAAGCCAAGCAUCCCAUGGCGCAAAGUUUAGGAACUCCGCAGUUUUGGGUGCAGAGGUAGAUGAAGCUGCCGAAGAUGUGGUGAACUGUGAAGACUGGGAUUGACCUUCAUUCGCGUUAGUAGUACUAUUAAGACAGUGCAAGAACCGACACAUUAACUGGAGCCGGAGCAAAGUACGAUGGAGCAGGCAUUUUCGGUGGGAGAAUAGGCAAUGGAGCCUCAUUAUUCAGCACAUGAAUCGCUUUCCUUACAGACAGUCGGUGAUUUUCAUCUGGAUGAGCGCACCAAAGUCCAACGAUUAUCAACCGCUCCAUGGUCUGCUCGUCAAAUUUCCACCUAGCCUAGGAUCUGCCUCUCGUCUUCCGUACAGGUUCUAUCUCACACAUAAAUUUCAUCUUCAUUUGCAUAAGGUUCUAAAGGUCUUCUUCCGCA